UAUAAACCUUGAUGUAUGUACUUUCCCCUAUCAGGUGAUCAGCUGAUUGAACUUUGUUAGAGGUCGUAAAAAUGCUGCGUAGCAAGAUUUUAAGAUUGCUUAGCCCAGCCAUCAAUAGAAGAUGUAUGUCCAGUGUCCCAAAGAUUCCACUCACCUUGGUGGAAGUGGAUGAUAAAAGUGGAAUUGCGACAUUAUCAAUGAAUCGUCCGCCAGUCAAUCUUCUCGAUAUUGAUAUGAUGAACAGCAUCAUCGAGUCCAUAACUGAAAUAGAAUGCAAUAAGAGUCAUGGCCUUAUCUUGACAUCGUCCAACGAUCGCGUUUUCUGUGCAGGUCUGGAUCUAAAUGAGCUACAGAAACCGAAUCCGGAACGCUUAAAGGAGUUCUGGGCAAUCCUGCAGGAUUUGUGGUUAGCCCUCCAUCUUUGUAGUGUGCCCACAGCAGCGGCGAUAAAUGGACAAGCUCCGGCGGGAGGAUGCCUUCUUGCAACCGCUUGUGAGUAUCGUGUAAUGAUGCCGGAACUGAUUAUUGGCAUAAAUGCAGUACGAUUUUCCUAUGUGGUUCCAAGAUGGUUUAUGUUAUCCUAUAUGAGUGUACUCCCGCGUCUUGUGGCCGAGCGUGCCCUUACCCAAGGAAAACUAUUCACCACCGCGGAAGCUCUGCAAGUGGGACUUAUCGAUGAGGUGGCCUCCAGCAAGGAGGAAGCCAUAAGCAAGUGCUCUUCGUUUAUUGGCACUUUUAGUAAAGUGAAUCCAAUAGCCAGGAGUCUGACCAAAAAACAAUUCCGAGAAUCAGAUGUUCAGAAGUUGCUGGCCGAUCGAGUUGGGGACAUAAAAGAAUCUGUGGAAUACAUAAGUGGUCCAUUGCUACAAGAAGGAUUGGCUGCAUAUUUAAAGGAAUUAAAAAGCAAAAGCAGCUCUAAGCCGCGAAAGUCUUAAGAUUUUUCUAGAAAAGUUUUUGAUUUGCAUUUAUUGUAUUAAUGUUACUUAAUAUUAGUAUUGUUUUUUUGUAAUUGUUAUUCCAGGAACAAGUGUUCAUUGCUCACAUGGGCUUAGCCAUAUGUAUGUAAAUUUCCAUUUUAAUAUUCCACUCUGUAAACUAUAUUUUAAUGAUCAGUCUUCGUUUGGCUGUUCCGUCAAAUUGGUCAGAGAUGCCAUCAUUUGUUCCAUAAAAGAAUUGAUUUCCAAUAUUUUGGCUCGAUGACGAUCAAUUUCUUUGCUAAAAAAAAGAAAUUUUUGAAUAAAAUAGUUAUGGGUAUUGGUUGGUCUAGGAAAA